AUAAUUGACUACGAAAACCUAUAUAUUUUGUUAUAAAUACGGGAAAGAAUGGCCAAAGUUUAUCGCCAAUACUUUGCCGGCUUGGCAUCGGCUGGUGGUGCACUUGCAUGUGGUGCGACAAUAGGUUGGUCCUCGCCGGUGCAAGACGAAUUUACCAGUGAGAAUGAUUACGGCAUAACCUUUUCCACCAAGGAAUACGCCUGGACUGGCUCCCUAAUGACUUUGGGUGCAGCUUUUGUCUGCUUCCCCGUUGGUGUGCUCAUAACGACCAUCGGACCGAAAUGGACUAUGAUGCUUAUGGUUAUACUGUUCGAGAUCGGCUGGGCGCUGUUGAUAUUUGCGCAAAAUCAAAUGAUGAUAUACGCAGCACGCUUUUUGACCGGCAUGGCGGGCGGUUCCUUCUGCGUUUGUGCACCCAUGUAUUGUACGGCGAUUUCACAGAAGGAGGUACGCGGCAUUAUCGGCAGCUUCUUCCAGCUGCUCAUCACCAAUGGUGUUUUGUUUGCAUUCGUCUUUGGUGGCUUCACAAAAGCCUUCACGUUUAGUAUCAUUUGUAGCAUACCGCCACUCGUUUUCGCUGUCAUAUUUAUAUUUUGUCCAGAUUCACCGAUUUUCUUAAUAAAGAAAGAUCGUAUGGAAGCAGCACAGAAAUCAAUGGAAUGGUUGCGUGGCAAAGACUACGACUUCAGCGCCGAGUUUAACGAAAUGAAGGCCGACAAUGCUAAACUCAAAGAGAAUUCCGAGAAUUUGGGUAAGGCAUUAUGCCGCAAAGUCACGCUCAAAGCUUUAGGCCUAUCCAUAUCACUGAUGAUACUACAACAGUUUUCCGGUAUCAAUGCGGUAAUCUUCUAUUCUUCAAGCAUUUUCAAGUCUACGGCCGGCGGUUUGGAGCCACGUUAUAGCACAAUGAUUAUAGGCGUGAUGUUGGUGGCAGCCACAGUUGUUUCGCUGUUCAUUAUCGACAGAUAUGGUCGCAUACCGCUCUUAUUACUAUCAUCCGUUUUUCAAGUGAUCUCCAUCGCCGGCUUAUCGAUAUACUUCUUUAUGAAAGAGAAGGAUGAAAAGUCUGUGGAAGACUUGGGUUGGUUGCCACUGCUCAGCAUUUGCAUAUAUAUCUUAAUGUUUUCCGUCGGCUUCGGUCCGGUACCAUGGGUGUUCAUGGCUGAGGUCUUUACCGAGGAUGUCAAGGGUAUUGCCGGUUCGAUAUCGGCCACCACUAAUUGGCUGUGCGCUUUUAUUGUCACUCAAGUGUUCCCAAUUCUAAAUGAGUCUAUUGGUGGCGGUGCGUGCUUUGCGAUUUUCGCUAUUAUUUCGGCUGUGGGCGGUGUUUAUAUUUACUUCUGCGUACUGGAGACGAAGGGAAAAACUUUUGCCGAAAUUCAAGCCGAAUUGGAAGGAAAGAAGGAUUAAGAGGCAAAAGCAGAGGAUAGAAUUUGAGUAAUAUAAAAAAAUAUUAUUUUUCGCCAUGUGAAUACCUUGGCAUAAUUUGUAAA